GAAGGCAUACGUCACAAGCAUAAUGGCGGAGGCUGGUUGAGAAGGAGAAUUACUCCGUGAAGCGGCAACUGAAACCAACUUCAUCGCCAGCUGAAGAGGUGACCGCUGGUCCAAAAAAUGGCUUGCAAUUUCAGCCAGGAGAGAAAAAACGACAAAGAGAGCAGCAAGGCCGGCAGCCUAACCUUGGAGGAUGGCGACAGCAAGAAGCAAUUGUUGUCAGCCUCUAGCACGGCCACAUCCAAGCAAAAUGGCGAUCAAGCUGGAUGUGAAGACGAGCAAAUGUCUGAACAAGAUGCUUCUGAGCGGCGGAGGACAGGCCUGUCGGACACGAAAAACUGCGGCGGCUCGCCUUCGACGCUCCCGAGGUCGGCCGAAGAGCUGCCAAGGAAGAAUUUCCAGAUCCCGAGGAAAAUCAAGGAGCGGAAAGGUCUCUUUCAGCACUUGCCUCCAGAGUCCAGAGAGUUUGAAGAAGUCGUGAAGCUUCUGUCCACGUUCUACCUGGACGCCACAUCGCGAGCGACUUUUACCUACACCAAAGCUUCUCUCAUUCACAACGAGCUCUUGGAGAAAGAGUUCAUCGAGAAGAAAAGGGAACUCAAGCAGAAUGGCAGGACAGAGGCAGAACUUGUAGAAUCCUAUGCUUUUCUGCUGCCUGAUAGGAAUAAGGUUCACUUUAUCUGCGAAAAGGGUCUUUCUGUGGGACAUUCGCGGAUUAACAAUCUAGGAAACUCUGCCAAAGGGGUUUACCUUUCGAAAUACUCUGAUUUGUUACAAAUGAAUCCAUUUGAAGUAGGUGCUGCUGGAGAGAUAAUAUUAUUUAAAGUCAUGAAGGGUAAAGUGAAGAUAAUUGAGAAUAUGCCCAAAAAUACUCUUGAACCCACCCUUAAAUACGACAGCCAUGUGUACAAAAAUGCCAGCAAAGUGACCUCAUUAUUAUCCUACCGGGCCUUUGAGCACACUCAGCAAUACUUUUAUGAAUUUGCAUAUGAUGAGCUCAAGUCAAGGCCUAGACAUGUGUUGCCGUACGCGGUUGUGUCUUUUCAAUACAAAGGCAAGGAAUCGGGCAUUGGCACACACAGCAGAGUAAACAGCGUGUUACAUGAGACACAAAGAGUUCGGCGAAGAUAUACAGUUUGGAGUGGCUCACUGGUGAAUAAAGGAGAGGAAGUCUAUCAAGUGUACAUACGGUCUUCAAGCCUCCCUCAUCUUCCACUUAAACUCCCAGACAAGCUUGACAUCAAUACGGCUAUGCAUCUGGAUCAAGUGAAGCGAAAGAUCCCACCUGUUCUGCUGUCGUGGGAAGCAUACAGUGGAGCACGAGAAGUGCUGAAGUGUGGGAUGCACUGUAGCCUGUAUGAGGUCAUGGGGAAGAGUAAACAAGAAAACAGCCUCACGGGACUGCUGCAACGGCUUGAGAGGGAAAGAAUGGUUUUGGUGAAGCCAUUGGUAGACAAAGGAUUUCUCUUCCUCCUUUCAUCCUCUCAGUUGUUCACUAGCAUAGAGCGACGAGGAAGAAGUGACAGGGUGUUACAGGCGCUUUUUAUCUUUCAAGAGCAAAGAAGCAUCUCGAAGUUGAUUUCAAAAAACUCUGGAGUGGAGGAGGACCCUCUUGUUUCAUUGGAGCCGAAAGACGCAGUCAUCCAUCAGCUUGAUAAUUUUGUACCUGCCCUGCAUCAUUGCUUCUAUAAGCUACGUGCCAAUCCCCCCAAAGAGCUUGCAGCAGGGGUGAAACGGCAGGCACUGGACUACCUCAGCCAGAAGGAGCAAGGUGCUAUACGGCCUUUUCACAUCGCAGAGUAUCGUCACACUUUGGAUGACCGGACCAGCCAACACCUUGCACCUCGUCCUAAGAAUAUAGAUGUGGUGCUGAAAUCAUAUGUGUACAGUCCGGGGCAGUUUCAGCUCCCAGUAGAGGUACUACAGAAGGGCCUAAUGGACAGCCAACAAGCAGAAGCAUCUCCCCCUGCGGGUGCAGAGGAGUACAGUCCUGUCUCUGACUGGGGAGGGUCGGAUAGACAGCCAUCGGCCAGCAGUACAACUGGGGUUUCUCAGUCUAACGGUAGUGCUCAGAAACAGCAGAGCGAGUAUGACAAAGAGAAGAUGGAGAAAUUGCUUAAGCUGAUACAGAUACAUAAGCGGACUUUGGGCAAGGAUGAGGGGAGUGGAGCAGAAAGAGAGGAAGACUGGGACCCUGCUGGUCUGAAGAGGAGGCUGGAAAGGGAAGGUCCUGGAGGUGUGAGCAAAUAUCUUAAGACGGGUCUGUUGAAUGGAGAGCCAGGGAGAGUGGUGAUGGACAGCAUGGGGCUGUGUGAUACAGACCUGCGGGAGCGUGCAUCUCAGAGUCCCACCCUCCGAGACACCCAGGCCUUGCUCAAACUCUUCCUCAGCACGCUCAACAGGAUGGCCCAGAGCUCAACCACUGCCAGUAAUCAGCCUGAGAUGCUCCCUAAAAACGUAGAGGGACAUGAGCCCACUGAGUCCCUUACUCACUGUGAUCUUGAUCUGCGUGGCAGACGUGUUGAUGAAGAGCAGGUUACCCAGGAUUUCUUGGAGGAGCAGAUGGCCUGCAGCAGAAGCAGUGUGGAUGUCUACAGCCCCACUUCCAAUCUGGAGCAGCAGCAGCCACCCCGUCCAGCAGAAGCUGCACAUCAGAUCCACCAACCCUGGAAAACGUCCACCACAGAUGUUGUUGUUGAACCUUGUCUGAGUGGAUCAGAGAAGCCAGUUCAAUGCUUGGGAAAAGUAGUAGACACAAUUCUUGACCGUGAAUUUCAGAACCUCUGCACAGGGAUCCAGAAUUUGAUGGAGGCACAGCAUAUAAUCUACAACUCACAGCCUCCUUUGCCACGAAAUGAGGACCUGACCAUACGGUCCAGUCCCGCAUUCUCACCUUUUGUCUCGAAAUAUGUCACUCCGCUGCCUGUGCAGGGCUACGUUAAAACUCUCUGUGAAAAGAUGAACCAUUUGAUCCAUUCUUCUAGUGCGUGUUUAGAACCUGUGGCCAUUGCAACACCACCUGCUGUUGUCCCAGUGCCUGCCCCCUUACCACCUGCUCCACCUCCUUUUGCCAUUCCGGCUCCUGCCCAGCCCACACAGCCCUCAUCUCCUGCUCAUCCUCGCACUAAAACAUUAUCUCCAGUGCCUAAGUCGCAGGCUUCAUCAAGCAAGCCACAAGCUACCGUUAAGCCACCUUCUUCAGGCAAACAUCGCCUAGGCACUGUCAAAGAGGUCCACUUGUUUCAAACUGAAAAAUCAGCUGAUCUCAAGGAUACAGAUAUUAUGGAAACUUCUGUCUCCGAGUUAUCCGCAGAAUCUACUCUGGCAGGAACCUCAAGCACUGUUAUUGGGCAAAUCAAGCCUGAUGUGUUGUGCACACUGAUGGAGAUCAUGCAGAAGAAUGCAGUCAAGUUUUACAUUCAGACAGGUGAUGAGGAGAGUGAACUCUGCACUGAGAUAAAGGCAUAUUUAAGAAGCCUUGGCAACAUCGCUUGCAACCCUCUGAAUUAUCUGGAGAGUAAAAGUCAGCAAAAGUUCAUGAUCAUAAUUCAGAACGAGGACAUUGCCACUCAUGUACAUAAGAUCCCAGCACUGGUGUCUCUGAAGAAAUUGCCCACAGUUUACUUUGCUGGAGUGGACAGCCUGGAUGAUGUAAAAAAUCGUACUUACAAUGAGCUCUUUGUGUCCGGGGGUCUCAUUGUGUCAGAUGAGCUCAUUCUCAAACCUGACAAUAUUAUGCUAGCUAAGCUACAGGCAUUUCUUAAGUUCCUGGAGGAACAGGGCUCACCCUGGAAGUGGAAGGUGCAUUGUAAGACUCAGAAGAAGCUUAAAGAACUCAGCAGGUUAAACACUGAAGCCCUGGAUCUAUUAAACCUGCUGACAAGCUACCAGAAGAAACACCUGGUGGAGUUUCUGCCCUAUCACGAGUGUGACACUCCAUCUAGACAAGCUCCUGAUUUAGAUUGUCUGGUCAAGUUGCAAGCUCAACACACACAGCUUCGACACCUUGUCUUCCUUACAGAAAGACACGAUGACACAUUCUCUCAGUUCUCCAGUAGUGGAGUCAUCAUUGCAGGUAUGAAUGACAUAGUGAACAACUUUCAGAGUUUGAUCAGUAUCCCAGUAGAUGCAACAGUGGCUGCCCUACCUAAUCCAGUGGAGCCUGAUGCUGUUCGCGAUGAAGAGGACAUGUCUAUAGACUCUGAAGAUGACAUGCCAAUCAGCGCUACUAACAUUCAGACGGAAAAAGACCUAACAGAACCACAUGCACCUCAACCCCCUCCACCCCAGACCGAUGGAUUUCGUCCUCCCCUUCCUGACCAACCGUCUUUGGACCCCGUAAUUGAUCCACUUGUUCUUCCAAACCCCUCUAUGUGCCCUACCCAGGGCUCUUUCUCAGAUUACGCAGCAUUGAAGUCUGUCAUCGCUCUUUAUAAAGCUGCCAGUCAAGAGAGUGCAUCUAGGCCUGAAGGAGAGGACACCCUGACCAGUUUCGGUGUGAACCCCCACCAGAGCUACCUGUGUCCUGGCUCAUCACAGUGGAGUCCUUACUCUGGUUCUCCUGCGUACCACAUGCCCUCAGCAUAUUCAUCUCCAGUCCAAGUGGCUUCCAGGGGAUCAGAUUAUAGUCAAGGUGUUGCUCCUCCUGGGGUCCCACCUCCUGCAAACCCCCCCACCCUACCCAUUGGCCAAUCGCUUCCUAUUCCCCCAUCCUUCUCUCAGCCCCCGGUUAGUUUAGUGGAGGUGCUGCCUCCUGUUCCAGAAUCAACCUCGUCUCUUCAACCGCCUAGACUCAUUGCUGACAGUGUGGGAGUGCCUAGGGUGGAAAUGGCAAGCACUGCUAAUAAGCAAGGACAUCUUGGUUCUCAAACCAUCAAGACAGAUGUAGAGACUCCAUCUUCAUCCACUACUUUUUCUUCAUCCACUAUUCGUACCACUUUUCCCUCUUACCCAGAAGCUACACUCUUUCCAGCCCUCACUCCAAUCCCUCCCGUUCCACCGCUUUACAACUGGGGUCCUACACCAGGAGGCCAGCACAGUUUCACGGUUGGACAGAGCGGGGCAGGAUUUAGUGCUCUACCUUCAACCCAGUCUGAGGCCGCAAAACCCACAGAUGGAUCAUGGAUAGGAGCCACAGAGAGUGGGACCUCUCAGGAACAAGAGGAAGAAAAGGCCAUGACUUCAAGCACCUCUAAAUUAGGCCAGCAGGAGGGUGGCGGAGAGAAAGAAGGUGCAUUGGCUAGUUCAAUUUCUUGCGGCCAAGGCAGCAGAACUCCAGUGAACUCAUCAUCAGAGAGUCAGGGUGGCAGUCAAGCCCCUCCUGCUAGGGGUGGCAUUGCCAGCAGAGGACUCUUACCUCUCCCGGGAGCUGCAAUGGGAGCCAUGUGCCGAGGUGGACACAACAAUAGCAUGUACAAUCCCAGAGGAGGUCCUCCUGAUAUGAUGCGGGGUGGCUUCAGGGGUCGAGGAGUUCCACCGCACCCUAUGAGAUCUAGACCAGGUAGGGGUCACAUCAGAGGAGGCCCAUCCUGUAAUUGGGGCUACCCGCCUGGGAGGGGAGGGGGUGGACGGUCAGACUACUAUUCGGACUACACUUACAACUGAAUGCCAUUGGGAUGCCAUACUCCCUCAUAGACUACUGGCAUUAGGAAUGUACAUAUUUAACAAUAAGAGCACAUCAAAUAUCUGAAAUAAAGGAAAAAUGAAAUCUGGUUUUGUAUAAUUGAGAUGGUGACUCAGACGGUGGCCAGAUUUUCACUGUUUUCGGUAAUGCUCUUCCUAAAAUGACAUGUUUGAAAAACCUUGUUCAUACCACUAUAUUUAUAUUGCCAAGAAAUGUAAUUGCCUUUCAAUGUUUCAUUUUUGUCAAUACUUUUUGUUUGGAUUUUCAAGGAGAAAAAAAACGGUUUGUGAACAAGGAGCAAAAUGCAGACAAUAUUUUUUUAAAAGAUGAAAAGUGAGUCAUUCUUCAUUUUAGCUGUUUUUUGGUUUUUUUACAUUCUUGGUUGUACAGAUGUUCUAUUAAAACAAGGUUGUAUCAAA